GCCGAUGACCAUCUAAUUGGGCUACUGGUUAUGCUUGAUGGGUGUACUGGGUCCCACAAAAAGCGCAUUGUUAGGAUUACGGUUUUUGGGCAAUGAACUGGUGACGUCAAUGAGUAAUAAUAAUUAGAGAGGAAGAGGUUUUUUGGCGUUCCACGCCGGCUAGGUUUAGGUACUGACAAAAAGCGCACCUGUGGACAGGUGGCUCAACCAGGAGCUGCUUUCUCGCAAAAACGCCGUUUCCAGAUCAGUACCCCAGCAGAUGGUGCCGAACUCGACGCACCUUGCGCCUGAACCUUUCACCUCUGUCCAGAAAAUAGAGAGUGCAGACAAAACCGAAGAAUUGAACCCGUAUACGAAAUAUCGCAGACUAGACGUCGUACGUACAGAGCGGUACCAGUUCAUUCAGUCAGUGUGUCGGUAGUACCCGCCUCAUUCUCAAUACUUGCUAUCCUGUCCCUGUUACACAUUUCGCUGCUGCUUUGGAUAUGAAGUUUGCUGUGUUAGUCGAGGAAGUUUCAACACACUGAGUACUGAUAAGCGCAAGUGUUCAAAACGCAAAUGAAGAUGCCCGAGAACUGUAAGUCAUGCACGCUGAGAGACGCGAACAAUAACACUUAUCCUGCCCCAAUAACAGCUGGAAUAGCAGAAAGGAACCAUCCGCAGGGAAACAAGCAGAGGAACAUACAAGUUACUGCCAAAGUCCUCUUCGGUUCGGUGCACGCUAUUAGCAGAUUGAAGCAGGAGGAGAAGGCGGCGAAGGAGAAUAAAAGAAUUUAAUAAUUGCGAAAUGGGCCGUGCUACUGCUGACGAUGACGAUGACAGACGACGGACUGACCGACGAAACUGACCCACUUUACUUGACCAAACUCGAAAAUGAAGAAAGUGACUAUUUGGAGUCUGCCGAUAAGGAAACGGAAAGUGUGCUGGAGGAGGGGCGGAAGAGGGAGCUGGACGACGCGGUGGAGCACGGGCUGAGGGCCAUGCAGGAGCUGCUGGAGGUGAAGGAGCCGAAGUGGUACCAGAUGGGGUUGUACUUGGACGCCGACGAGCCCGCCCGGCACGUAGCCAACUUCGGCGCCCCGAUCAAGAAAGCCCUCGAACUCUCAAAGUUCGGCUACGCCUCCGUCCAAGCGGCGAAAAAAAUCGCAGAAAGUUACCCUGAAAAUGUGAGCCGCCAGUCCAACGGGUUCUUCGACACCCGCCUCCUGCAGGAUGAGUGCCCGCUGCGCGGACUGCCGCGGUGCCCGGCCGCGUCGCGACGCUACCGGACGGCCGACGGGACGUGCAACAACUUCAACAAGCCCUGGAGGGGGUCGGCGUUGCUACCCAUGCAGAGGUUCCUGCCCCCGGCCUACGACGACGGGAUUCAAGAGGUGCGUCGCUCGGUUUUCAACACUGUUCUGCCGUCGGCUCGCGCCGUCAGCACCCGCGUCCACCGCGACAAGAACCACGAAAUUCCCACGGUCAAUCUCAUGUUCAUGCAAUGGGGCCAACUCGUGGACCACGACCUCAUUUCGACCGUAAAAUCCCGAAGCUUCAAUGGUUCGGUACCCAGAUGUUGCCACCGCGGCGGGCAAGCUUUCCUACCACCAGACCUCUUGCACCCUAGUUGUUUGCCCAUUGAGGUACCCCGGGAUGAUUGGUUCCUAGGACCUAUGGGCAUCCGCUGCAUCGAGUUCAUCCGAAGCGCCCCAUCCACAAGAAUCGACUGCGAUUUAGGGUACCGGGAACAAAUCAACCAAGCGACGAGUUUCCUAGAUGCUUCUACUAUCUAUGGGAGCGACGUGGAGACGUCGGACUCGAUGAGGUCGUUCCGGAACGGGAAGAUCCACUACGGGAGGGUACAAGGAAGAGAGCCUUUGCAACCACCCGACCCUCCAGGAGGGGAGUUGUGCAGAUCUGGGGCUCUCACGAGCGAUUGUCUGCAAGGGGGCGACGGGAGGUUGAGUGAGCAGCCGGGUUUAACAGCACUGCAUACCAUUUGGGUGAGGUACCACAACAAAGUGGCGACGGUUUUGAGCGAAGUUAACCGACACUGGAGUGACGAAAAAGUCUACCAAGAAACCAGACGGAUUGUCAUCGCACUAUUCCAACACAUCACCUAUCGAGAAUUCCUUCCAAUUGUUCUUGGGCAAGAAGUGAUGGAGUUGUUCGGGUUGACGUUGGAACGAAAAGGGUACUACUCAGGUUUUGAUAAACGAGUAAACCCGGCCAUUGCUAACUCGUUCGGUACUGCAGCCUUUCGCUUUGGACACAGUCUAGUCCAGAACUCGUACGUCAGGUUUGACACCCACCACCGACCCUUAUUCAACAAUGUUACCCUCCACGAAGAACAAGAAAACAUCGAAAACAUUUGGAGCUUCGGUUCUCUGGAUCGGAUUUUACUAGGUUUCUGCAACCAGCCGUCCCAACGUCGCGACGAAUUCGUCUGUGACGAACUCUCGAACCACUUGUUCCAGUCGAGGGGGUUCCCGUUCGGUAUGGACCUCACCGCGAUUAAUAUCCAGAGAGGGCGUGACCACGGCUUACCCUCCUACACUUCCUGGCGCAAACCCUGCGGCCUUUCCUCCAUCCAGUCCUGGCAAGACCUUGAACGAAUCAUGAACCCUGAGACCGUCCACCGCUUCCAGACUCUUUUCCAACACGUAGACGAUAUAGACUUGUUUUCGGGAGGGUUGGGCGAGAAGCCGGUGCGUGGUGGUCUCGUAGGUCCGACAUUCGCUUGUAUCAUCGCCCAGCAGUUCCUCAAUUUGCGCAAAGGUGACCGGUUUUGGUACGAAAACGGGGGUUUCGAGUCGAGUUUCACGCCAGCGCAGCUGCAGCAAGUCCGACACGUGACUUUCGCCCACGUGCUGUGCCAGACGUUGACGGAGAUCGAGACUAUCCAGCCCUUCGUGUUUUUGAUGGCUGAUGGGUUUAGGAACUCGAGGGUUUCGUGUGGGAGUAGUAUUGUUAAUAAUUUUGAUUUGUCGCCGUGGAUUGAGGAAGGGGGGAAUGAGAUUCGGGACGAGAUUGAGCGCAGCGGGAGGGAGAGGAAGAAGAAGCGGAAGGUGAAGCGUACGACUACUACGACCACGAGGAAGCCGAAGUUGAAGGUGAAGCCGGUGAAUGUUCAGGUUAAUGAGGUGGCGACGCACACGGUUAAAGUGCAAACUAAGCAGACUUAUAAUACGAAUAGUUACGUACCUGUUGACAUACCACAAAGACCGACUUUUGACAAUUACGACAAACGGACGACGAUACGAAAUGACGUGACUUACUUGUUUGGGUUGGUUUCUGAAACCACCACUCCUAUUCCUCCGCGGACUCCUAAACCCUUUGAAGUUAAUAUUAAGAUCCAGUACUACCCUCCUUCCACUUCUAGACCCUCCAGUACUAAAAAAAGACGGACCAGACGACCGACUGAGACGUACGACGCGACUAGACCUUACGACAUAACUACGCGACCGAACGUUUACAGCGACGACUUUUCUGUUUACAAACCGACUUACUUGGUACGACCUCCUGUUGACAAUUUUUACGGUAGUAGAUACGAAGACAGACCAGUUGCGACUUCGAAGAGACCUUACGUGUACAGACCAGACUCUAACAAUUACGUUUACUCGACUAAGACGACUCCGGACUAUCACGGUUUUAACAGACGACCUCAGUACGACCUAGACAGAGACGACAGCUACGACAAACUAUACAGUGACGUUUACUCUUCCAAUAACGCGAACUUUGACCACGACCAAGACAUGCCACGACCCAUUAAAGUCUACGCUAGUGGACACGUCGAGAAACUUUCGACUGACGAAGUAUAUGACAAAUUUGACUUUGUGACUAAAAACAGACAGACUCCGACUAAAUUCGUCAAGAUUUCGAGUGUUAAAGGGCACGAGUACUUAGAUCCGAGCGGGGCUACUGUGCAGCUGCAUGUGGCUCAAAGAGAAGGAGAUCUAGAGCUUGACGAAGACAGUACUGAAUAUGUUAGGUUUGUUGACAUCGACGUAGUUCCGGGGGAGACGAAAUGGUUGGUUUACAACGCGACUGACGAACUGAUGGAUCUGGUGGAGAUUCCUGACGUCAAUGUUAACAUUUCGUCUACGAACGAGCUGCCUAGACCUUUGAAUGGAAGUUUUCUUGCGAACUUUACGAUAGUACCUGAACGUAACGUGACAGUGACUUGAACGGACAUUUACGAGCGGAUUAGUACUCCGCGGUACGACGACUGACAAUACAUUGACUGACUUACUGACGAACUUCGACGGAACUUUUGACGAGUAGAAAAUCUUGAACUAAAAUUGUUUGAGACCGGCUAUAGUACUGCCAUACUGGGUGAUAUGUAUUAUGUAUCUUUCUUAGACGUUUUAUUUAUUGAUUGAUAAUCUAUAUUAUUUAUUGUUGUUUCAAUAUUUAAAUUUUGGUAUAAUAAAGUUAAUUUACUCUAAA